AUGUCGGAUCCUGAGCCACCUACGCAGCCGAGUUUACCAUGGCGCAUAGCCUCAGUGGCUGUCAUGGGCGCAGUUGGCGGACUUUCAAGAGGGUUUAUGAAUGGGUUCAACAACCUUGAAGUCACAGGUCUCGACGGACUAUUGGGUGUUCUUGAUCGUCGGAGAAAUGAGGGACGUGAGCGCGGGUUGCUCACUGUGUGUAAUCACGUUGCAGUACUUGAUGAUCCUCUCAUAUGGGGUAUUUUACCACUACGUUACUUCUUUGAUGCAGUCAAUAUGAGGUGGGGCCUCGGUGCUCACGAUAUUUGUUUCAAGAAUAAGUUCACAUCUACAUUCUUCAGUCUGGGACAAGUCCUUCCCACACACAGACUGUGGUAUUCCCCAUAUGGCGGCUUAAAUCAGCCAACUAUGACACAAGCUAUCAAGUUGCUGUCUGGUCCAUCACCAGCAUCAUGGUCAACCGCUUCAGACUCUCCGCUAUCUGCGACUCCUCCUUCAACACAACCUCCUCCUAUGUCUCAACCACUCUUCUUCUCAACAAACGGCGUCGAUCAGAUCCCGGCGCCAUCUGCAUACCGAGAUUACCGUAACGCUUGGGUCCACGUAUUCCCUGAGGCUUGUUGUCACCAGAGCCCGGACAGUGGGUUGCGCUACUUCAAAUGGGGUGUGUCGCGACUGAUUCUCGAGUCUGACCCUGCCCCCGAGUUCAUCCCCAUGUUCGUUCAUGGUACUCAACAAAUAAUGGCCGAAGACAGAGGAUGGCCGAGAUGGGCGCCACGGGUUGGAAAGACAGUGAGGAUAGUGAUAGGCGAACCAACCGAUGUUGAUCAAGUCUUUGGCCAUCAGCGGGCUGCAUGGCGCAAGCUUGUCGCAAAAGGGGAUCCAGAAUUGCUCCAAAACAGCCCGGAAGCUACUGAAUUAAGAAUUUCGGUGGCAAAGAGAGUGAGAGACGAAGUCGAAAAGCUGAGAGAAGGUUUGGGGUUUCCAGCGGAACAGGGUGAAGCACCGGCCCUGGCAGAGACAUGGGCCAGGGAACCUCUUCAGACAAAGUUCAGGAGUCCUGUUGACGGAAGUCUUGUAAAUAGACAUGGUCCUAAAAAAUAA